AUGGCAGAGGCCGCGCGCGCCGAACCCGAGACGAAGCCCGAGCGCGGCGGCGACUACCUGAUCGAGAUCUUCCAGCGGGUCAAGAAGGCCGAGCAGGCGUGGAAGUGCAUCGAGGGCGCGAGCGGCAUCCUGCGACGCGAAAUCCGCGCGAUGAUGGACGCCACGUACGCUGCCGACAUAUACAACUACAACGGCACGUGGGCCGAUGCAACGUUGGCGACCUUCCUGUUCGAAGCUGAGUGCUACCCAGCCGCCCUCGAUGCAUGCAUGAGGCUGCGUCUCGACCCGCGCACCGUCUGGGGCGACUUCGGCCACUUCGCUUUCAUGGCGUCAGAGUGCGGGUUCGAGCCGCCCGAGCAGGCCCGCGCCCACUACUGCUGGAUCUUCGCCGACAUCGAUGCGAGCAUGAAGCAGCUGCCAGCGGCCGCCAACAAGCCCGACGGCGUCUCCGACGACAAGCCCGACUACAUCCUCGACGGCAACUCCGACAGCAAGCCCGACGGCAUCUACGACGGCCAGCCCCGCGCACCAGCAGGCGGCCGCGGCAGGUCGCGGCAGGGCCGCGGGAGGGGCAGCGGCGCGGUCAGCACUUGCGAUCUGUGCCAGCGCACCGACAGGGACACAGGGAUUGUCCAGAACGGCUGUGAGCUGGCCGCGCACCUGGAGGAGGGGGAGGUGGCUUGCGUCGACUGCCUGACGUGGCUCCUGGAGAACGCACCUGUGCUGUCCUGGUCAGGGUUGGUCGCAGCUCAAGAGGCAGGGCAGUUGCGGGAUUUAUGUCAGCAGGGUGAGACGCCAGCUCAGAAGCAACCAACGAGGACGCCUCCCAGGACGCUCAACCUAGGCGACUCCGUCGACUGCGGCUUCGAGCUCUACGUGAAGUGCGCUGCGCUGACGGCCAAAGACGUGGAGCGGGAGUUCGGGAGAACGGCAAAAACACUACACAUCAAACCAGUUGAGAUUCCAUCUCGGCCGACCUCGUUUACUGUCUACUUGGUGAAGGCCUGCCCCGAGUCGAGAGGCAAGUAUCCAACAUUCAAGCUGUACCACCGCAGUAGCACCGUGGCCAGCGUCGGCUUCCUCAAGCGAGAUGCCCAAGAGCUGUUCGAGAACCAGUCUACCGUGUUGUUUGGUGCUACUACUGCGGGCCAGGGUGGCGAGAUCAACCUCGACCUCACGCCUGGCGCGCGCUCGUCCAUCGCGACGUGGGCCGAGGUGCGGGACCGCGCUGACAAGAUAGCGGAGAAGAACGCCAAGAGGACCCGCGCUGGAUCGAAGAUCGGCGAGCAGGACGACGACGACGGAGGGGGCGAUGACAUCGAGGUGCUUGACUUUGAGGAUGCGGCCUCGAGCAGCGUGCAUCCCUUCGACCCAGAUGCCGCGGCUGAGUGCACUGGGGCCGCUUCCUCCAGAGCCGACUCCAUCGAUCAUCAGCCUGGCAGCGCAGUGAAGAGGCAGCCGUCAAUGUCGCCACGUGACAUGGGUGGUAAGCCUUUGAAAUCUUCAAGGACGGCCGCGGCGCCCACCGACAGUUACGAGCCCGAGAGGCAGAACCCGCACACGCUCGGCACAGUGGACUACUGGGUCUGGGAGCUGGCGUUCGAGAGGGCCUUCAACGGCCAUAAGAAUGUGAGAGCCGAGAACCAAGCUAGACAACUCGUCCAGAAGCUCACGGGCACGGAGCGCCGCACGCUGCAGACCCACCUGGAGCUCUACAACAAGGCGAAGCUGUUCGACGAGAAGGCUGUGGCGAAGGUGCCAGACGGGGAGCUGAUGGCCUCAUGGGAAGUCCUACGAAAAGCAGGCGCCACGCUCACGCAACGGGCUGUGAAGGCAUUGGCCAGGAGGACUGCCAUGAACGCUUGGCAGGACAUCAACAAGGCCGACCUGGACACGGACAAGAUGAAGCAGUUGCUGGUCGGUUUCAUGGAGCGGUGUCGGCCGUGGGGCUUCACCGCCAAACCUCGGGAUGCGGCGAACCCGUGUGCAGUGUGCUUGGUCGAUGGGUGCACGUCCGACGCCGACGUCGCGAACACCUUCCUGGAGAUCGCCGUCGCAGACACCCUCGCAGAGUGGCUCACGGCAGGCCCCAGCGCGGCUGACAACGUCAAGCUCUACUGCGAGGCAGCGGACCUCGUCCUCGCAUCAUUGCCCGAAGACGCGGAGCUCGGCGACCACUCAGCUUCAGUUUACCUCGAGAUGACUUCGGCGAUCCGAGUGCUGACAGCGAUGCAGGCGACGUCCUUGACAGCGGGCACUGACAUGCAGGUGUACGUGGACGCAGGGCGCUUGGAAGCUGAGGGCCGACGCACCACUGGACAGCAGAGCGUGCAUCAGCUCGUGGGCCAGGCGCUCCUGACGAGCGCCAACGACUUCUGGGCUAAGAAGUUGAAGUGGAUGACGGAGCACGCAGAUGCAGUCACGAAGAACGGCGGCCAUGUGAAGUCGGCCAUCGCCGAGCUGGAGCGGAUGGACGCUAACCCGUCGGAGCAGCGUGCCAAGCUGCUCAAGCGCAUCGUGGACGACGUACCGUACUGGGAGGCCGCCAUGUACACGGGCUGCGCUGACGAGUGCAAGGCCAUGGUCCUCAACAGGUCCAUUUUGCAGUGCAAGGCGCUCACUUCUGAUGGCGAGGGCAACGGCGACAUCGGCACGGAGGGCGGCGCCCAGACGACGGCGGUGACGAUCGCUUACAAGGAGUUGUUCAAGGACUUGUCCAACGUGUUCGCGGCGGACGAGCAAGUGGAGCGCUGCUCCCGUGCGCUCCAGUCCAAGAUAGCGGCCAUGGACCUCGGCGUGAAGCACGAGAUGUUAGCAGAUGCGUUGGCCACGUGGAAUGAUGGUGAUAAGGAGUUGACUCACCGUCUGAAGGAUGCGUUACACAGCUGUCGCAUGAAGGCCCUGCCCGAGAAGCUGCAGGAGUCGUGCAACUCGUUGUUCACCUCCAUCAUUGUCGACCUCUUCAAGGGCGGGGCCGACUGGACUACGAAAGAAGGCUUCCUGUUUGAAGUCUUGGAGCUCUUAGCGCCGAACGUGCCGCGUUCAUCGGUGGAUGCUUCAACGGGUGUGGCAGCGUGGCUGGGCGCUGCUUGGCGCGUGGCGCGCGUCCAGACAACGCUCGCGCAGGCGGAGCACCACGUGGAGGAGGGUUUGCAGGAUGCUACGCCUGCCGACGUCGAGCGCCACGCCAGGGAGUUGACUCGGGCCGUCCAGAAAGCGAACCACAACGCCCGCAGCACUGCCCUUGAGAAAUUUCACGUUGGCGCUUCGCUGCAGGUGGCUGACGCCGUGAACUCUGCGAGCGACCUUGUCCAGAGGGUCGGGGCGAAGAUCGUCGGCGCCCUGUGCGAGAAGACAAGGCUGGACUUCACGAACCUGAAGAAGAGCGCUGAGGAGGCGGCUGGCGUCGCUGAGUUCAAGAAGGAGUGCGACAACUGUACGACUCUCAAUGCCGCGCUCGACCUCUACCGCCUCGGUCUGCACGAGGCGCCCGUCAACGAGUGGCUCGGCCAGACGUGCACCAUCGAGGGGGCCUUGACGACAGUGGCGGGCAAGGCGACAGAGUACUCGCUGCCAAGCUACUCCACCGAGGCGACCGCAGGCAUCACCGAGGAGAUCGUGGUCAUCCGCGCGCUCUGCAUGAGCGCAGAGCUCCUGAAGGCGUUCGGCACGGAGUCGCUCCAAGGUAACAAGAUAGCCAUGCGCAACAGCUGCAUGAAUACCCAGUCCAAGCUCAGGAAGUUCGGCAUCCAGCCUGAGUCACUGCCGCGCGUCGUGGUGUCGCGGUACAGGGAUGCGCUCAAGAUGCGGUGA